AUGGAAACACAUCAUGAACCCCAAAAGAACACAGAAAACGAUGUGCAAAAGAAAACGGAAGAAGGAGUACCAAACCCACCUUCACCAUCCUCUUCCCCUUCUCAUGACUUCUCCUUCACAAUCUCUCUCCACUCUUCUAGCACCACAAUCCAUGAUAAAUCCAAAACUCCACCUUCUCUCGCAGUUGAUUUAUCUCCGGCAGAUGACAUUUUCUUCCACGGUCACUUGCUUCCCUUACACCUCUUAUCUCACUUCUCUUCUUCUCCUCGUUUUUCCACCAACUCCGUGGACAGUUUCACUCUCCCCAUCAGAGAGUUCUUAGAAGACGAAAAACGUGGCAGCUGCAACAGCAGCAACAGGAGCAACAUCACCAUAGAUAGGAUUACCAACUCCAACAACGAAGAAGACUACAACAAUAGAGUCACAAAGGAAGAAAGCAAGUCCAAGCUUAGUUUCUCAUUGUUUGGGUUAUCAAAAGGGCGUAAAGGGUGUGAAGUUAGAGACAAACAAGAUAAAGAGAACAGUAAGAACAAGAAGAAACCCGGGUAUGAUGUGAUGCAUGCACUAAAGAAGUACUUGAGAAUGGUGCAGCCACUAGUGCUUUUCAGAGGGAAAAGAGAAAAAGGUCAGUUCCAUGGACAAGCUUAUUCUCAUUCAGGGAAUUUGAUUCGGAAAAGCAAGCCUGAAUUGAGAGGAAGAAGAGGUGAGUUUUCAGCACCUGCAUCUAUGAGAACUUCUCCGACAAACAGUGGUCUUCUACUUGCAACCGCUGCUCUCCCUGCCAGUGACAGCACCAUGGAAGAGUUGCAAGCAGCCAUUCAAGCUGCAAUUGCCCACUGCAAAAAUUCGAUUGCAAAAGAAGAGAAGCUAAAUUGCUGA